AUGCUUAAGAUCGCUACAGUGCUAUUUUUGCUGGUAGCAAUUGCUUGCCAUGCGGCGCCCCAGGGUCGGAGAAGUUCUGAAACUGGACGCACAAGCGUUAAUGAUCAACCGCGAAGGAAUUCUCUUUGGAGGGAAGCAAGUAACUCUCGACGUCAGCAGGGACAACAAACUGAACGGGAUAAUCUAUCCAGAGAGCAACAGUCUGGGGACCAGAUCGAGGAGCAACAACGUAGGGAAGAGGAAGAAACAAGUGAAAAUGAACAAGAAAAUGGUCAGAAAGAAGCUCGUACGACAAAUUGGCAGUACGAAAUUGCACAUGUUCAGGAAAAACGUGGACGAGAAGUGACACCCAGUCAACAGGGAGCUCGCCGUGGAACGGGAAGGCGUUUGGAAAAUGAAACAAGCAGUGAUCAACAACAAGAAGAAGAACAAGAAGAGCAAGGUGAGGAAGAAAAUCAACAAGAUGACGAACAAAGUAACCAAGAAGAAGUGGAUCAAAUUGAUCAACGAAACCAAGCCGAAAAUCAACGACGACGAGAAUCAGCUGGCAGGGACUCCAGACGAGGUGGUAAUGGACAACAACGCAACGUAAAUCGUCAAAACCAACGCCGUGGAGGUUCACAGAAACAAUCAACUCAAAGAGAAGUUGAACAGAUCAAUGAACAGGAAGAUCAAAUCCAGGAGGAACAAGAGGUGAGCGAAGAAAACCGCCAAGAGGGCAGCCAGGAGAAGAACAGUGAGGCAAAUGGUUUACCCAACUAUGAAUUUUCCUACGGAGUCAACGAUCCGGAUACUGGGGAUCACAAAGAUCAAUGGGAGAAACGCGUCGGCGAUCACUUGGAGGGAGGCUAUGUUCUUGAUCUACCGGACGGCUCCAAACGGGUCGUUCACUACAAAAACGAUGGCAAGCGGGGAUUCGAGACGAAUAUCAUGCAAAUUGAAAGGAAAAAAGCCAGCGAACAAUCCGAGCGCCGGAAGAAGGAGAAAUCAAAGAAUGUUGCUCACAGCUAUAGCAAACUGAAACAAUUGAAUUGA